GUCACAGUCAGGCAGUCAUUCUUAUUCAUUGCUUGUUUUACUGGUGUACUAUUAAAGUAUUGACAAAAUUUGUUUUGUGUGUAUUUGUAUUGUAAAAAUAGAAAGCAGUAGAACAUAACCUUCCGAGUAUAAAUUUCAUCCAUAAUCGUUUAGCAGCAUUGCCUAAUUAAUGCUCAACUAAAUAAAGAAUGGGAAUCUUUAGCAACACAUCGCCUUUUGAUCAAGAUGUCGAAAGAGCUACAAGUGAAAACAAUACUCACGAGGAGUGGGGUCUGAUCUUGGAAAUCUGCGACCGCGCGGGCGCUUCGGCCGCCGCCGCCAAGGAGUGCCUGCGCGCGGUGCUGCGGCGGCUGGCGCACCCCGACCCGCACGUGCAGGUGCACGCGGCCACGCUGCUGGACGCCUGCGUCAAUAACUGCGGCCGCACCUUCCACCUCGAGGUCGCCUCGCGCGACUUCGAGACCGAGUUCCGGCGCCUGCUGGCCCGCGCGCAGCCUGCUGUGGCGCAGCGCCUGCGCGCGCUGCUGCGCAAGUGGGCCGAGGGCGAGUUCCGCUCCGACCCCGCGCUGGACCUCAUCCCGUCGCUGCACAGCAAGCUGCGCGCGGAGGCGGGCGAGUCUGCGGGCGGAGCUAGUGGUGGGGCGGGGGCUGGUGCGGGGUCCGGUGCGGGGGCGGGGGCGGGGGCGGGUGCGGCGCAGCGCGAGCAGGAGGAGCUGGCGCGCGCCAUCGCGCUGUCGCUGCGCGAGUCGGCGCCGGCGGUGGCGCCGUCGCUGUACCCGCGCGUGGAUGCGGUCAGUGACCCCGCGCCGCAGCCCGCGCCGCGCAAGGUCCGCGCGCUCUACGACUUCGAGGCCGCCGAGGACAACGAGCUGACCUUUCUUGCGGGAGAGAUAGUACACGUGACGGACUCGAGCGACCCGAACUGGUGGAAGGGCUACAACGAGCGCGGCGAGGGCUUGUUCCCGGCCAACUUCGUGACGUCAGACCUGACGGAGCCGCGGGCGGAGGAGGCGGCGGCGGCGGGUGGGGGUACGCGGGGCGCACGCAGCGUGCAGUUCGCGGCGCCGCCUGAGGAGGCGCACGUCGACGAGGCGGCCAUGGACGCGGCGCUGGCGCUGCUGCACGAGGCCGACCCCGAGGCCGCCGCAGACGACAGCGCUGAGCUGGCGAGACUGGAGGCGCGCGUGCACCAGAUGGGCCCGCUGGUGGACGCGGCGCUGGAGCGCGCGGACCGGCGUCACGCGCGCCUCACGCAGCUGUCGGCCGAGCUCGUGGACGCGCUCAACCUCUACCACGAGCUCAUGCGCGACGCGCUCAAGCCGCCCGCGCUCCCCACCCAGCCGCCGCAGCCCCCAGCCGCGCCCUACGCGCCGCUCGUCGCCGCCUUCCCGCCGCCGGCGCCGCGGUGAACCCGCACCUCUCCGAGAUCCACAUUCGGUUGCUUCGAUUAUCCAUUGUUUCAAUUUUCAAUUAUUUAAACAAUUUAGGAUGUAUAUUAUAUAAUGGCGCCACCGAAUUCGGCCUUAACCUGCUACUCAAAAUAAAGUUACGACCUAUUUUAGUUAAUAAGUUUGUUUGAUUAUAAUAACUCUAAUGCACGAAAUUAAGUACAAACAUUAAAAUUAAUACAAGAAAAAUACAUGUGCAACGUUGGAUUUAUGCCAUGUAGCGAUCUCUUACAACCGCAAAGCUUUACAAAAAUAUCAGAGUGUUUCAGCACCACAAAUAAGUUUGUCUGUGCAAUAACCAUCGAGAAGUUCUCUCGUCGGGUUCCGAUCCUGAGUGCACCAUCUUAUGAUGAUGCAUCGUCAUCCAAACUAAAUGCGUAUUUAGAUUUCACCCCUUUUAUUUACUUCAAAAUUAAAUUGCAUUAUUCCACCUCGAAUACGUAACAUACAUUGUAAGUUAAAUAAAAGCGUGUAAAAUAUGUUUUACUCUAACCUCACUAUACAAUAUUUAACGAAGAAAUAACGAAACAAAACAUUAUUUAACUAAAAUAGGUUGGGAGUUGAUUUUUUUUUUGGGUAUGUAUUUUUACAGGUAAUCCUGUAUAUUAUGAAAUUUAAUAGGUUAGGUAAAUUAUGAACAUCCUAGCUAUAUUGAAUAUGUCCAGAAUGUAACAGUCUCUGAUGACUUCUGGGGUCUGCGCCCGCAACUUAUCUGUUUUGUUAGUCCCAUGACUGCGCUCUUUAUGACUAGAAACAAGAAUAGUAACGAAACUGAAUAUAGCCUGAAUGUAGCUGGGAAGUCUCAACCAGUGUAACCCAUGUUUCGCUAUUUAUCUACAAUCAGAUAAGUAGUGCAUUUCGCGUGUAUUUGCUUAUAGAGGUCUAGAGCACAGAGUAUAAUAUAAUACCUUAUAGUUAUCAAUUUUAUUUUCAACUUUGGACGCAAUAUAUUUUUAUUGACGUCAUAAAAUGUAUAGCCAAGACAAAGGAAUAAAGCCGUGUUUGUAGAUAUUUUUUAUUUUAAAAUAUACAGUAAAGUUACCACGAGUGCUGUUCCAUGGAUCGGCGUUAUUCCUGCGGUCUGUGUUCCGCAGAACUUGCGGUGUGACAGGUUAUUUGUGAACGUCAACAUGAAGGAACCACCUCUCAACACACAAAACUCAAAAAACAGGUAGUUACCCAGGUACUAAGGAUCGUUAUAAUUUAAUAAAAAACAGAUGGUUCCUCCAUUUUUACGUCAAGAUGGAGGAAAUCCCUAUUUCACUUGAUAUUUUCGAAUUCUUUGUUAUUUAGGUACGUUAGUACAUACCGACGUUUUCGAUAUCGGUAGCAAGGGGCGAUGGAGUGAAGGUAUUGACGGCUGGUUCGAUAAUAUUUGUGUUUUGCGAUGUGCUUCCUCCAUCUUGACGUUCACGGUUAUUUUCAUAUGAACUCUUUAACCUUACUCCAAGGUUCUUGCCGAACCUAUUCCAAGAUAGUUCUUCUCGUGCUACAAACGAGCUUUAUUUUCUCUUUAAUUUGUUAAAAAUCACGGCAUGUCGUGCUACCUGUAAAAAGUGUGUUAAAUGUAAAACCUUGUUAUGUUCCUAAAUUUUAUGCAAAUAAACUUGUUGAUUAAUUAGGUAAUACCUUUUAUUGCGACUAUGCAUAUUUUUAAUGGGUUGUUUAUGUAGGUAAGUAUGUUUUGACAUGAGAGUGUGACAAAUUGAUUAUUUUUUGCAUCUUCAUAAUAGGAAUCGCUUUAUUGUAUUCACCAAAUUGAGAAUUAUGACUGUUUGUGGUUUUGAUUUUCAUCAAAAGUAAAAUCCAAAAUUCAGAGUAUAAAAAUUUAAAUUUGUUAGGAGUUCUUAUUUCACAAAAUUAAAAUUAGUUUGAACUUAUAGAGAUUCCAUACGGUCUCGACAGAUAAGGCUGUAUGUAAAACAAUUCAAUGUAAAGUUAUUUGAAAUCAAUUCGUUUGUUUUGUUGUUGCUUUAGCAAUUUUCACUUAUAUAAGUACCUGUAUCAAGGAUCAAAGUGGAAGAAUCCCAUCAAAGGAUCUUCAAGAUGGAUUUAGUGGACAUAGGGCUCUACGUAAAGGUUUAAGCUAUUUUAUACGAUCUUGUCUGUCUAUCGAUCACAGCCAUGACGUGUAUAAAUUGUGGUGUGGACACACGUAGGCUGCGAAGGCAUAAGUAGCACCUCUUCAUUGUCCAAUGAUCAAUUAAUAAUAUCUUAGCGGUUGACUGUACUAAUGUAUGUAUAAAAGUAUUGUACUAAUGUAUUUAUUGCAGUCCAAAUAAAUAAAUCACACUUUAAUA